AUGCUCCUACCAUUUUCACCUGCAUGGCGAUUGUACACUGUUCUUCUCGCUUUUGCCCUCCUCGUCAUCUCUAUAUCUGCUAGCCCGUUGGCCAUGACAAACGUCCACCUCGAACGUCGAGGGCGCUACAAAAAUUCCGUUGCUCAGGUUUACGUGGGACGCAAGAAUCCCAAUACUUCGCUCUAUAUGCAAAAAAAUGUCCCAUACACCGCUCACGACCAAUUUUGCGUGUUUUUUGGAAAACAUUACGGUUUACAAUACUCCGGACCUCAGGAAAAAGCGGCACGCAUAAAUGUUCCAACUGUACGGGAGCACAUCGACUAUCAUGUCUUGACAUCAUUAGGUCAAGUCCAAUACGAUGAUCUAGUAGACCCGGAUUUCGAGGAAGCGCUGAAAACUCUAACCGUUCUUCAAUUGAAAUCACCGCAAGCUAUCACUGAUGAUUUUACUUAUGUUGCGGGAGUGGCAGCAGAACUGGAGUUGGAUCACGAAGAUGGGGAAUGGCACAAGAUAUACACCGAAGUUAUGAACUUAAGGGCUCGAGAGCCGAAGCGACAUUCACCUACAUACUAA